GAUACGAUGAAUUGUUUUCAACAAUCAUCUAGUAAAGACAUUAGAUGUCUCGAAUUUUUUUCUGGAAUAGGUGGAUUGCAUUACGCUUUUAUUCUAUCUGAAACUGGAGGGAAAGUUCUUGCAAGUUUUGAUAUUAAUCUCGUGGCAAAUUCUGUUUAUAAACAUAAUUUUGGCAAAGAUCCUAUUACGAAAGCAAUUGAUUCUUUAACUGUUGAAGAUAUAGAGAAAUACAAGGCUAAUUGCUGGUUAAUGAGUCCUCCUUGUCAACCAUAUACAAGAGGAGGAAAAUCUUUGGAUGAAAAAGACCAGAGAGCAAAGGGGCUUCUUCAUUUAAUAGAUAUUUUGCCAAAAUUAUCAGAUUCUCCUAAUUAUAUCUUUCUUGAAAAUGUUUUAAAUUUUGAGAAAUCAAAAUGUCGAGAAAAAUUAAUCAAUCAACUUUGCUUAACAAAUUAUGAAAUAACAGAAUGUUUAUUAACACCCUUACAAUUUGGAAUUCCUAAUGAUAGAUUAAGAUAUUAUUUAAUGGCAAGGAAAAGAACAAAUACUUGUGAAUUAAAUGAUGUAAUUUUACCUGAUGAAUAUUUGAAAAAUGUAGAAAUUAACAAAACUUGGCCAUUACCAAUUAUGUUAAAGAAAGAUUAUCAUCAAGAACAAAAUCAUUUGGAAUCUUCUGAAGAGGAUGUAUUUAAUAUUCCUUCAUUGAGUACAUAUUUAGAGGAAUUAAAUGAAGAAGAGAUUAAAAAUUAUUUUGUUCCGGAAAAAUAUAUUUUAAAAAGUUACAAUUUUAAAUUUGAUAUUGUUCUUCCAACAGAUCAUAAAUGUUCUUGUUUUACUAAAUCAUAUGGUAGUCAUCACAUAUAUUCUAGUGGAAGUUUAAUUCAAACAAAAAACUUGGAAUUUACAAAUUAUAAUUUUGAGAAUCCAUCUUCGUUAUUGAAUCUUAAGUUGAGGUUUUUUACGCCUGAAGAAGUGGCAAGAUUACAUACAUUUCCUCUUAAAUUCCAAAGUUCUAUUACACAAGGAAGAAUGGUUCAAAGGUCAUGUAAUAAUUUGUUGAAAAGUAACUACAAUGGACCAUAUUUAGAUUUUCCCGAAAAUAUAAGCAUUAUCCAGAAAUAUAGAUUAUUAGGAAAUUCUUUAAAUUGUUUCGUUGUAUCAGAAUUAUUAAGAUACAUACUAUUCUUAUAGAUUAUAUGAGAAGUAUUUAAAAUAAAUAAGUACUAAAAUAUAAUAAAAUAAGUAUUAAAAUAAAUAAGUAUUAAAAUAAAU